GAUGAUUUGUUCAUAAUCACAGCUCAAUUCAGAUUGUUGAGAAAAUUUUCCAAACAAUCGAUACCCGCCGAGUGAAGUUUGCGAAUAGCGAGAGGGAUCGAACAUGGAUAAGGACAACGCCGCCGUCGCAGCGCCGACGGGAUGCUACAAGUGCGGGAAGCCGGGCCACUGGUCUCGUGAUUGUCCGUCCUCUGCUCCAAAUCCCAAUUCUUCGAGACCUCCUUCCUCCUCUGCUCCUGCUGCCCCUCCAAAAGUUGCAGAGAAGCCCAAAAAGGCUCCCAGAGUCAGGCCCAAGCUCACACCCGAGCUACUCCUUUCCGAGGAUGGUCUAGGUUAUGUCCUUCGCCAUUUUCCUCGCGCUUUCAAGUAUCGCGGCCGUGGACACGAGAUCAGUGAUUUGGAAAACUUGAUUGGUUUAUACAGAGAAUGGCAUUCUCAUAUACUCCCUUAUUACCCUUUCGAGCAUUUUGUACAUAAGGUUGAACAAGUAGCUGCUACUAAACGGGUUAAGAUGUGUCUUGGAGAACUAAGAGAGAAAGUUGCCAGGGGAGGAGAUCCUACAAAGUGGCGCGAAUCACCCAUUGUAAAUGAUGAUGAUGAUGAUGAUAUCAAUAAUGAAAACGAAGCCAAAGACUCGGAGGGCUUAUUCGAUAAUCAGGAAGAGGCUUCUUUGAAGAAUAAUGGCGCUGAUGACAUUGAAGAGGACAUGCUUCAGGAAGUUUAUGAGAAAGCUACGGAAGAGGAGCCAUUGAUGAACUUGCAAAGUGAUUCCUUCACCAUUGGGGAAACUGUGGAAGGUGUUGUCAACCAAGAAGAACCAAACACUAGCAAUUCAAAUGAAACUUUGCUCACAGAGCAACAGAGAGCUCGAAUGGAAGCAAACAGGUUGAAGGCAUUAGAACGAGCUGCAGCCAAGGCCCGCUCAUCGCCAACUGCCUGAUUCAUGUGCUUGCUUUGUGUAGAUUAACUUUGAUUGCAAACCCAAAUUACGAUCAAUGUGUUGUCUUAGGAACCCGAGUUCAAGAAGGUUCAGAAGUUCACUAAGUUUACACUUACCGAAUCGGCUCCUAUUUCAGUCCGUGUACUUGAAAAUUCAACUUUAUCA